CUGAAGAAUAGCGAGUACUAUGGCAGUUCAACGUCAAGCAGAGAAGACAAGUGCACUUGGGGAACGUAAUACGCCUCUAGCUCUAGGCUUGGCGACGGGUCAGCUCGAGUCCGAGAGCGGCGUCCAACGAGAGGGUAACCCUGGGUCUAGCGAGAUGUCGCGUAGACGUUUGCCUGUUUCAGUGGUUGCUUCACAUUCUCCUACGACUCCAACUCAGGAGAAUGAUACCCUUCGAGUUGACAAUCGUUUUCAAGUUUUGCAAGAACAAAACCAUCGGUUAUUUAUCAUUGCACGUGCUGACCAAGAGGAGGCAAAAUGGGCCAAUCAAGUUUUAGUGGAGGAAAUUAAGAAAAGGAAAAUCCCAUACUCAACAUCAGAUAAGCUCAAACUUGGUUCAAGUUGGACAGAGAGUGCAACAGAUGUCAUCUAUAAGAGCACUAUCAUUCUAGUGAUCAUUUCACACGAAUUCAAAGACUGUUCAGAAGCAUCAGGACUACUAUCAGUUGCUCUCAAUAGGUCAAUAAAAUAUCCUGAUUUCUGUUGUUUAGUUCCUGUCAUCAUUACAAAAGAUGCAGCUGCAAUUCCUCAAGAAAUUGAGCACCUUACAUCUAUCAAAUGCGUUGAAAAUGAUCCAGAAGCUAUCAUCACCCCUCUUGAUGAUUUACUUGCAGACCCACCAUGUCCACCACCUUCCAGUGGAAGCAAAGUAACACCAAAAUUGCAAAAGCGUGUUCGAAGAUCUUAUAGUUUUAAGGGCCCUUCCUUGCGCAGAAGGAGAAUCCCCAAUAGCAUUUCCAACAAAAGACAUCCAGGUUAG